GUGAAAGCGGUCCUUCAUAAUUCCAAGAUGGCGGCGUCCAUUGGGGUGUGCUGUGCCCUCCGCAUCACACUUGGAGGUGCAGCAUCCCUCCGUGCUGUAGGAGGACUCUUACAGACCUCUCACUUGGCAAGUCGAGCCUCAGCUGCCUCUCUUCAAAGACACUCUGAACUUUCGCUGCUCCUUCCAACAACGUGGCAGCAAACCAGACAUGGCAGCUUCUUCAACAAGUUAACGGCAGAACAGUUGUGGAAAGGUGUGUUGGCUGAGUCCGGUGCUGGAGCGAGGAAGGGUCGAGGAAAGCGUACCAAACGCAAACUAAAGAGAGACCUGAACCGAGGACAGACCAUUGGAGAGGGCCGUGGUGGUUAUCUGUGGCCUGGCCUCAACAGUCCGGUGUUGAAGGAUGGUGCUUUGCAGAGCAUGAGUCGAAGAGGCGAGGCUGAGCAGCAGGAGGUUCAAGCCGAACUAGUGCGUCAGCGGGAUGAGUGGGAGAGAAAGAGGAAGAUGAAGGUAAAGAGGGAGAGAGGUUGGACCGGAAACUCUUGGGGAGGCAUCAGCUUGGGUGUUCCUGACCCUGGACCCAAUGGAGAAACCUUUGAGGACUUUGAUUCACGUGUCAUUGAGGUGAAGAGUGUGUUUAACAUGACAGCCAAAGAAGGCAGGAAGAGGUCCGUCAGCUGUUUGGUCGCAGUAGGAAAUGGCAACGGAGCCGCAGGCUUUGCUUUGGGUAAAGCAGCAGACAGGAACACAGCUCUGAGGAAGGCCAAGAACAGAGCCAUCCACUACUUGUACUAUAUAGAACGAUACAAUAACCACACCAUUUAUCAUGACAUUGAGUCCAAGUUUAAGAGGACAACGCUCCGCAUGAAGAAACAAAACGAAGGUUACGGUCUGCACUGCCACAGGGCGGUCAUCACUCUAUGCAAGCUGAUUGGUAUAAAAGACAUGUACUGCAAAGUAGAGGGAUCAGUCAACCUCCUGAACAUCACCCGGGCCCUCUUCACUGGAUUAGCCAAUCAGGAAACCCACCAGACGCUGGCUGACAAGAAGCGACUCCAUGUCGUAGAGUUUAAUUCGCAGUGUGGCCCACUGCCUGUGGUGGUGGCAAGUCCUAAAGACGGUGCACGACCUAACCCAGAAUCAGAGGAUGAGAUUCCCAACACCAAGCUGCACUGGGAUGACGUACGAGCCGCGCAGGGGUUUAAACGCUCGAUCUGGGCAGGUGUCAAACGCACCAUCUGGUAAUGUGUGGGAAGGCCGAUGCUUGGAUCAGACCAAAGGAUGGACUGAAGGAAGCCAGCAGUGUCAGAUGGAUUAUCUGACUUUUGGCUUUGCUAAAAACAGUAUGUGUGGAUUAGAGUUUUUUGGCAGAAUAUUGUUUUUUUAAUGAUUUCCACAUGUGAUGGAUUCAGUUUGUAAGAGUUUAAUGGUUUUGUCAGCUGAGGACUAAAGUUAAAUGUUUUUCAGUAUCAUGUCAACUUCAUUCUCCACAUCCAACCUGCGAUACUGACACGUAAUGAUGACAGAUGAUGUUACAACGGAGAAAAUGUUCAUUCUGAUCCUUCCUGGCAAUUCAUUUGGAACUGCUGCAAAUGUAUGUACUAAUGAAAUAAAGUGUAAAUCUAUUAAUAUCA